UAUCGUACGAUAUACGUGUGAAAUGGAAUUUAGAAUAUAUUUGUUAUUCUAACCUGAGGAUGCCUAAAUAGAGGCUAACUGUUAUGAAUAAGAAAGCGCCAAAAUAGUAAGGAGAAGUUGACAGAAUAAUUAAAAAGUAGAAUAGCAUAUUAUUAAAUGAUUGAUGAGAGGGUAGUAGCAGUAGUAGUAAUAAAGAAAUGGAAAAUGAAGGUGGUGAGGAAAUUUCAAAGAGGAGAAAAUGGUCAAAGAAAGUAAGGAAUGCAGAGUGUGCCAGCGAGAAAGCUCGUUUGAUGAUGAUAAUAGUAGUAUUAGUAUUGGUAUUAGUAUAGAUAUGAAAACAAAUCGCAUCUCAAGAGUCAUACAAGUUAGACUUCAACACCCACCAACUAUACAAAACCCCACUUUCCUGGAAGUACCCUUUUCUUCCAAUCUGCUCUGCAUGCACCUUUUCACUUCACUCUCUUCUUCUCUUCUCCUUAUAUAUAAACACAACCAACCCCAACAACAACACUCCCUCCUUUCUCCCAUGGAAGCUAUCAACAGAACCUCCUCCACCGCCUCUUCCUCCUCUGACUCUUCCUCUUCCGACUCCAACCCUCACAGAAUCAAAGGCCCCUGGAGCGCCGAGGAGGAUCGGAUCCUCACCCGCCUCGUCGACCGCUACGGACCCCGCAACUGGUCCCUCAUCAGCCGCUACAUUAAAGGCAGGUCUGGCAAGUCCUGCCGCCUGCGCUGGUGCAACCAGCUCAGCCCCACCGUCCAGCACCGGCCCUUCUCUCCCCAAGAGGACGAGACCAUCAUCGCCGCCCACUCCCAGUACGGAAACAGGUGGGCCACCAUUGCCCGUUUGCUGCCGGGUCGAACCGAUAACGCCGUUAAGAACCACUGGAACUCCACGCUCAAGCGCAGAGCCAAGGCUUUUCUUGACAUUAACGUCAACAACGCCAACAACGAAGGAGCCACUUCUUCUGCUCCUUCUCGCUCCUUCGAGGACGACCCGUUGACCGCGUUGACUCUCGCUCCCCCCGGUCUGUCUAGUGCCGCCGUGGCCGAGGACACCGUGCUGGAUCACCGGGUCUCGGGCGAGAGUGGGCCGGCGGGGUUUUGGGAUAUGAUGAGAGAUGUGAUCGCGAGGGAAGUGAGGGAAUAUGUGUCUUCCAAUUUUUCUGAUAACUCAAACUUUCAUUAAAUGAAUCAUAAUUGUUUUUGUCUCUU